GCCAUCGCCGCCAACCAUGUCGGGACUCGCCGACUACCUGGCCAAAAACUACCUCACAGCCGACUCGGAAAAGAAAUCCAAGAAGCGCAAAAGAAAGAACAGGGAUGCCGGGCUCGUCAUCCAGGACGACGACAGUCUGGGCUGGCAAGACAAGGCCGGCGACGACGACGACGAUGCGCCAAUGAUAGUCGGUGGCGGCACGUUCAACAAAUCCAAGCACAAGUCAAAACGCUCCAGCGCAGCGACGUGGACAGCCGUGGGCGUUGCUGCACCCUCACAUGCCGCACAACUUGCCGCCGACGCCGCUGCUGCUGCCGACGCCAUCAUCGCAGACACGGCGGCCGACCGCAAAAAGGCUGCAGAGGCCGAAGAUGAGGCGCCUGAGAUGGUCGACCAGGACGGCGUGCUCGAGACAGCGCCCGGCGCAAAGGCAGGCCUGCAAACAGCCGCACAAGUCGAGGCCGCAAUGAAGAAGAAGCAGGCAGAAGAAAAGCGCCAGGCGGACAAGUCCCUCAAGGAACUCGGCGGCGGCGCUGCCCAGGAAACUAUUUAUCGAGACGCGAGCGGUCGCAUCAUCAACGUCGCAAUGAAGCGCGCCGAGGCUCGCAAAAAGGCUGAAGAAGAGGAGCGCCAAAAGCGCGACAAGGAACGUGCAGCUCGUGGUGAUGUGCAAAAUGCCCAAGCCGAGCGAUGGAAACAACAGCUACAAGACGCAAAAACCAUGACUGUUGCCCGAUACGCAGACGAUGCCGAGCUCAACGACGAACUCAAGGAGCGAGACCACUGGAACGACCCAGCACUGGGCUUCUUGCGCAAGAAGAAGGCUGGUCGCAGCGUAACUGGCAAGCCGCUAUACAAGGGGCCUUUCCAACCCAACAGAUACAACAUUCGUCCUGGUCACCGCUGGGACGGCAUCGAUCGAAGCAACGGCUUUGAGAAGCAGUGGUUUGACUCGAGAAACCGCAAAGCCAAUAUUGAGAAGCUCGAAUACCAGUGGCAGAUGGACGAAUAGUAACCCAUGGCCAAAGUCCAAGGUUUGCCCGUACGCAAACGAAGCACUCAUGUACACCCGUUCGUUUUUGUUGGAAUGGCGACAUGCUCGGGAUGUGUCUCUUCGUAGUGUUUCCCGCUGUCGCCCGGCCAAAGCCAAUAAGGAUGCAUUCUGGAAAUAAUAGCGCUCCACCCUUCUGCGCCAAGACGCCGCCUGACGGGCAAAUUGUAUCCGAAAUAAGA